CUAUGAUCUCGUAGAAAAGAUCUUGAAGUAUGACUGCGACGUGAAUCAGCAAGAUAUGAUGGGGUGCGUUGCACUCCAUUGGGUGACUUGCAAUGGUCACACGGCGGCGAGCAAACAAAAGCAAUAUAUGUCAACCGCUGAGCUGCUUCUCAAGUCUGGGGCGGAUGUGACGAUUCCAGAUAACGGCGACAAAACUCCAAUCGAACUGACGCUUUCACCUUGCCCCGUUUUUAAUGACAUGAGAUUGACGAUCUUGAAGCAUAAGAAGAAGAUUCUGAACGAGAAUCUUUUGCAAUACUGCCAGGAAGGGAAUGCUGACCUGGCGAUGAGGAUGCACAGAGCUGGAGCAGAUCUGGGGUGUGGGGACUGGCUGAAUGAUACUCCAUUGCAUGUUUCUGUUACCUUCGGACAUAUCGUGUUGGUAGAGCGAUUGUUGGAGGCUGGAAAGAUAGAGAGAAGAUUGUUAAGCUUGCUGGACGCAAGGAGCGUUGAUGGCUUGACUCCCAUUGAUACAGCACACAAAUGGGGAUACCGUCGGAUUGCUAGCAUUUUACAGCGAGAGCGUCAAGAGCAAGUUCUCAAGGACAUGGUUUCUCGCAUCACGCAAGAUGGGACGACGACUAUCAAUGCCAAAAUCCCACCAGAACUUCGAGGAACGUUGCUAGGGCAUCAGGUUGCCAAACAACUGAAACAACAACAAAGCCGUCAGAAGAGAAUGGUCAAACUCCUACGUUUGGAGCAAAGGAUGAACAAGAAAGGGAGUAUUGAGAAGAAGCCACUGGAGAUCCAGAACAAGAGCAGCCAGCUCUGUGUAAUCGCAUGAGGAACAAAUCACAUCUGGUUCAUC